AUGCACAUCAAAGACAGGCUAUUCGUCAUUUCUGGUGGCUCGUCUGGCCUAGGUCUUGCCACGGGUCGUAAUCUCCAUGAGAAAGGAGGUUAUAUCGCCAUCCUUGAUCUCAACGCCGACUCUGGAGCAGAAGCCGUCAAGGAGCUUGGUUCCGAAAGAUCUCGGUUUUUCGAAGCUGAUGUCAGUGAUACUGAGAGUAUCAGGAAAGCUGUAGAGGGAGUCUCAGAAUGGAUCCAAGAGACCGGAAAGCCCAUUGGUGGUAUCAUUAGCGCGGCUGGCACANNGAUGAUUGAUCGUAACAACGAGCCGCUCUCCUUGUCAUCCAUCGACUUUGUUUUGAACAUCAACCUUCGAGGCACUCUGGAUUUCGUCCGCCAACUGCUCCCACUUAUGACCAAGAACCAACCUACAGAGCCGGACAAGGAGCGAGGUUGUGUGAUCUUGGUCAGCUCUUCCGCUGCAUAUGAUGGACAACCAGGACAGUUCGGCAUUCGCGUGGUGACAAUUGCGCCUUCAUUGUUCGAGUCCAACAUGACAGCCAUGAUGAGCGACAGGGUUCGAAAGUCGCUUGAACGUGUCAUGGAGUUUCCAAAGAGGGCGGGUAAAGGCGAAGAAUUUGCCGAGUUGACAAGACACGCAAUUGAGAAUGUCAUGUUGAAUGGAGUCGCGCUACGGCUGGAUGGUGCUAUGCGGAUGCCGUCGAGACUGUAA